AUGAAAAAAUCCACAGGCGGUAGUUUGGAGAAGGGAAAAAUUAUGCACUUGUAUGUAUAUCAGUCGGUAUAUAAGACUGUCACUAUCUGCAUCAUACUAGGACUGCUGAAUACAAAAUACUUGCAAAUAGUAAACGCAAUGAGGGAUGUGAAAAGAGAAGCUCUGGUAUCCAAAGAGUUCUAA